GUCGGUGGAUUUCUUUAUUUCGUUAGUCUUUUUGGCUCACAAAAACCGCUUUUGAAGAAUAAAAACUAAGCUGGCCGCCCCCGCCCAUAUGACUUAAUUCUCCCUCGCUCUCUCUCUUUCCAAUCAAUUCAAAGAAAUGGACGGCGGCGGAGCACCCAGAAUCUCCUCCCGGCGGCGGAGCGACAAGCCCUACAAAGGCAUCCGUAUGCGCAAGUGGGGGAAGUGGGUCGCCGAGAUUAGAGAGCCCAACAAGAGAUCUCGAAUCUGGCUCGGCUCCUACUCCACCGCCGUCGCCGCCGCCCGCGCCUAUGACACCGCCGUCUUCUACCUCCGCGGCCCCACCGCCAAGCUCAACUUCCCCGACCAAAUCGCCGCCGGCAGCGCCCUCAACGACCUCUCCGCCGCCUCCAUAAGGAAGAAGGCGGCCGAGGUGGGCGCCCGUGUCGACGCCCUCCACUCCACCAAUCGCCUCUCCCCGAAACCCGCUUGGUUUCAGGAAGAGAUCGAUCUCAACAAGCAGCCCGAGCCCGAACCCGCCGAACCCGAAGACUCCAGCCUUGACUAUAGCUCAUAAUUGUUAAUUACUACAAAUAACGUUUUUACUUUUUUUUUUUUUUUUUUAAUUUUUAGUAGUAUUAGUAAUUUAGUGUUCCUCGUUGAGGGGUGUGGUGAAAAACAUGCACCUAGUAAUUCAGGCAGGGAUCUCUUUUAGAUUUAUUUUUGGAGAUUUUUGUAUAUUAUUACUAGUAGAUUUUGGUUUUGAUUUUUUUUUAUGUUGUUAUUUUUGCUAUAUUGAUAUGGUUGGAUGGAACAGUUUGGCGUUA